UGAGAUUAGUAACGAAUGUAAAUUGUUUUGUAUUUAUUAAGUCAUGGAUAUUUACAUACUAUUUUUCACAUAUCAAUCUCCUAAAAAUGGACCUUGGAACGUGUUAUUUUUUAUACACAACAAAAACUAUUUCGAAUAUCUAUUUGUAUAAGAAUGCAUUUAUCAAUACAGUGAGAUAGAAUUUCUUGUAGUGAAAGUUUCUUAUCUCUCCAGUAUGUUUUUAGUUCCGCGAAAACAAUGAAGUGCGUUCCACCGAUUCUGUUCCUCUUUCUCGCCGCACCAGUCGUGAAGUCAGCUCUCCAUUGCGCUGUCGUUAAACACCCCUACACGCUGUACAAUGAAUGUGUUCAGUAUCUGGAGGGUAAUGGAGACACGGAAAGCUGCACCUACCGGUGCAUUGGACUGACGGCUCGAUUUUGGGAUGAUCAGCAGGCUCUGGUCACCCGCACCGUCAGCAGAUUCUAUCUGACCAGCGCGAAUGACACCGACUUUCGCAACCGGACGGAUCAUUGCCUUCAGGAAGCGGCGGAGGACUUCCCAAUCUCUGACAUCUGCCAGCGGGCGACCUGUUCCGUGUCGUGCUACGAUGACCAGUUCGGGGAGCUGAUUUCCGAACGGCCGAGUUUUAUCCCGUUUACUGAUGUGGUCCACCGGCGAGUUGUCCAAGAAUGUUUGGAUAUUUUCCAGAUCGGAGAGUCAUUACGAAAGGAUAUGUUGGAGAAUGGGUUACUUUCGCUGCCGGAAGGGCGAUGUCUUCUGCGGUGUGUUUUGCUUCGGGAGGGGCUGUACAACGACCGGAGAGGACCCCGGCUCGGAUGGCUUUGGGUGCAGACCGAGGGCUACGAGGAGGUAUUCUACGAUACGGCGCAGAAGUGCUUUGCAUUGCUGAAGUAUAAAACGCUGGAGCCAUGCGAGCUGGCUGCCAGGUUCGCUGCGGAAUGUUUGCCGUCGAGAUUGCCAUUGGUGGAUGUUGUGUACGCAGUGUUGAGUAGUUUAGAUAAAUAA